UGAGCAGGGAAAGAGACGCGCGGACGAGCAGACAGAUACUCGGAAUGAGCAACAAGUGACCUGGCAGCUUGUCUCCUCCAGCAGAUCCCAAUUUUUUUCCCCCCCCUCGAAUCCACGGAGAUGAAGUGGCCGGGAGUGUUAGCCUGUCUGAGCGCGAUGUUCAUGGUCGGCAUCAUUGUCCAAGCCCUGCGUCAGGAGAUGAGCCUGCAUAACGCGAAACUCCGAAUGGUGCAGAACACGGCGGAGAUUAAGAGAAAAGAGGAAGCCAUUCUAGAAGUGAAAGGCAAAAUCGAGAAGCUGAAAAUAUCUAUUGGUGACGUCAACCAAAAGACAGACGAUAUAAAGGUCAAGAAGGACGAAAUUGUGAAGUCAACACAGAAAUCAGAGACAGGUCUGCAGACCUGUAACAAGGAGAAGGACGAUAUUGUGAAAAAGAAGACCGAACUGACGAAGGUCAUCUCCCUACUCAAUGCUAAUCACGGAGAAGCUAAAAAGAAGGCUGAGGAGGAUAUUCAGAAGUUGAAACAACAGAUUUUGGAUAGAGACAAAGCUGUUUGUGCUAUUGCAGAUACAACCAAGGAGGAAGCACGGAAGCUUUGUGGAAUUCCUGAAUCUCCACAAUAGAGCCAAUUCUGGAUGAAUCAACAUUGACUGUGAGCUGUUUGUCAUGCAUGAGGAUCCAUUUUUAUAAUACACUGUUAUGAUUACAGUGCCGCAUGUUUAUGAUGAGAAAAUCAAAAACUUUGUGAAAAAAAAAAAAAAAAGUAAUGAACAUCAUAUUGCACAGACAUAGGGGAUGAGGAAAUAUGCUACACAUAAUUUUGGUGUUAAUUUUGUUUUGUUCAACACGUUGAUAUAUGUUAUUACAACCUUCACAAAUAAACGAUAUCAUGUGAACUGA